CUCGGAUGUUGUAUUUGGUAGUUGCAACCGCCGCUUUGUUGCGCGUUAAGGUUAUAAAUGUAGCUACUUGAAAAAAAAAAUAAAAAAAAAAAGCCACUAGCUAACAAUCACCAUUUUAUUUAUCCUGCUUUCGACAUUGAAGGCCCGCCUACAGUCAUGCCCUGGUGGAAAACAACAACGUACCUCGCCCUCCUAGCCCCAUUGUAUCUGCAACUCUCCUCCCAAACAAAAUGCAUACUCGCUGCCGAACCCAAACCCCGCCUCUUCAUCCUAAGCGACAUCGCCAACGAACCCGACGACGCGCAAUCCUUCGUCCGCCUCAUGGUAUACGCCAACGAAUUCCAGAUUGAGGGCCUCGUCGCGACAACAAGCAUCUGGCUGAACGACACGACGCGUCCCGACCUCAUGCACGAGAUCGUCGAUGCGUAUGGUGCGUCUCUACCCAAACUCCGAAACCAUGCAGGGGGAUGGCCCGAGGCUGCGCAUCUCAAGGCCCUCAUUGCCUCAGGGCUCUCGGUCUAUGGGAUGGAUGGCGUCGGGGAGGGAAAGGAUAGUGAUGGCUCCAAUCUCCUUGUUAACGCAGUCGACGCGUCGGAUGAGCCCCUGUGGAUCCCCAUCUGGGGCGGGGCGUCCGUCCUCGCGCAGGCGCUAUGGCAAGUGAACGCGACGCGGUCGCCUGCUGAAAUCCAGUUGUUUGUGAGCAAAGUGCGUGCGUACGCGAUCUCGGACCAGGAUAACACGGGGACGUGGAUUCGGCGACACUGGCCGCGGCUGUUCUACAUUGCGAGCGUGCAUCAUUUCAACCGGUAUGCGGUUGCGGCUUGGGGUGGGAUGUCCGGGGAGAUGUACUACCAUUUCCCGUCGGGUGCGGACGCAGCCCUCGUCUCGCCGGAGUGGGUUAGGGAGCAUAUCCAGAGUGCCGGAGCGUUGGGAGAGAAGUAUCCCGACGCGGAGUUUAUCCUCGAGGGGGAUACACCGUCACUACUCUACAUGAUCCCAAACGGGUUGUCCGAUCCUGAGCAUCCGGAGUGGGGAUCGUGGGGUGGCCGGUAUGGCCCCGUCACAUUUGGUGAAGGGCAUUUUGCUGAUAGUGUUGACACCAUCGUUGGCUCUGACGAACGCACAAUGAUGGGCUCGCAUGUGACGGUCUGGCGAUGGCGCGAGGCCGCCCAGCGGGAAUUUGCGGCGCGGAUGCGCUGGGGAGUUACGCCCCAGUUCAAUCACGCGAACCAUGCCCCUGUUGCCGUCGUGAACGGCAUCGAGGGGCGCCAUGUCAUCAAGAUGAUAGUGCAGGCUGGAGAAGAGGUCAACCUCGACGCGAGCGCAUCCUGCGAUCCGGACGGCCGUGAUCUCACCUUCAAGUGGUGGCAAUACAAAGAGCCAUCGUCAAACAAUAACAACCCGCGACGCGACGUUGCUGAGUUAGGGAUUGACUCGCGCACGUCGGCGACGGUCAAGGUCAGGAUCCCUUCAGAUGUGGUUCUUCGUCAACCCGGGCGCAAUGCGCAUCCGGAUUGUGAUAAGCAUCUUCACCUGAUACUCGAGGUUUCGGACGGAGAGCUGGUUGCUUAUCGGAGGGUUAUUUUUACCAUUCUUGGUCCCCGUAUUAGGCAGCCAAAGGUGAUUGCCCAGGGCCAUGAUGAACUGUAG